AUGUCAUGGUCAAGGGUUUGCAAAAGAGCCCUUCCGCUCUCGCCUUACUUCAAGAACUCACAGCAUUUCCCUUGUGAAUCCAGAUGCAUACCCAAUUAUAAUUUCAUUGGAGGUAGUAGUAGCAGUGCAUAUCAGAGGCAUUUUAGCCAUGAUAGGACUAGUUGGGGCUUCAAGCUCGGCUCUUUUGAGAAGUGCGGUCAGCUUCCACCAUUGGCUUCUCAAUCUUUGUUGAGAAUCCAGCGACCCUAUUCUUCUCAGGCUACCUCACAACAGAAAUCACGCAAGAUGCUGUUGUACCUUACGGGUUUGGUUUUUGCAAUGGUGGCAAGCACUUAUGCAGCUGUUCCUCUCUACAGAAGAUUCUGCCAAGCUACUGGGUAUGGAGGCACUGUCCAACGCCGUGAGAGUGUUGAGCAGAAGAUUGCUCGGCAUACUAAGGAUGGCACAGUCACUACUAGGGAGAUUGUGGUGCAGUUCAAUGCUGAUGUGGCUGAUGGAAUGCAAUGGAAGUUUAUUCCUACACAAAGAGAGAUAAGGGUGAAACCUGGAGAAAGUGCACUUGCUUUUUAUACCGCUGAAAAUCGAAGUUCAACUCCAAUAGUUGGUGUCUCUACGUAUAAUGUUACCCCUAUGAAGGCUGCAGUUUACUUCAAUAAAAUACAGUGUUUUUGCUUCGAGGAGCAGCGCCUUCUUCCUGGGGAGCAGAUUGACAUGCCUGUGUUCUUUUAUAUCGACCCUGAGUUUGAAACGGAUCCAAGAAUGGAUGGCAUCAAUAACAUAAUUUUGUCCUACACAUUUUUCAAGGUUUCAGAGUAA